UUCUGCAAAACUUUGCAGCUGCAAAGGAGGUUUUUGCUUCAAGAGGCCUGCAGAACCACGUGUCCCUAUGCCAAGAUGCUAAACCUGGUUUAGGGGCAGGGGGUUCUCCCCCUCCCCCCUCCACCUUCCAAAGUCGUGAGGGUCCUUUCAGCACCGAGGCAGCCUGUGUUCUCUUCCUGCUGCUUCAGAUGCUUCUGUUUCCUAGAAUUUGCUAGAAAGGAAGGAGGCCUGAAUAGGCUACGAUCUGCCAGCGGAGAUAGAAGGAAGAGCAGGCAGGCAGAGAGUGUUUAGGGAUAGGUUGCCUCUAUCCAUGGAGGCUCCAUUCGCAGACACUGUUGGACCUCCAAGCCCUUUCUGUCAGCUUCCCAAAGGCGCCUGUGUUUUAUUUCAAGCAGAAGGUCGCAACUCUCCUCGAAAGCUGGUCUGCUUUUCUCUGUCUGCAUGCCAGGCACACGUCCUCUUUCCAAGCCUUAACACCUCGUGGCCCUCUUUCCGCGCUCCCCACUUGUCCGCUCUCCCUCCUGUUUCGCAAGCCCGGCCUUCCCUUGCAACCGUCCUCCCUUUCUCUGUUCCUCUCUCCAUCCCCAGGGAGAACCACAGCGAGAUCGAACGCCGGCGCCGGAACAAGAUGACUGCUUACAUCACCGAGCUCUCCGACAUGGUGCCCACCUGCAGCGCCCUGGCCCGCAAGCCGGACAAACUGACCAUUCUGCGCAUGGCUGUCUCCCACAUGAAGUCGCUGCGGGGCACCGGGAACACCUCCACGGAUGGCAGCUACAAGCCCUCCUUCCUCACCGACCAGGAGCUGAAACACCUCAUCCUGGAGGCGGCCGACGGCUUCCUCUUCAUCGUCUCCUGCGAGACGGGCCGGGUAGUUUACGUCUCCGACUCGGUGACGCCCGUCCUGAACCAGCCCCAGUCAGAGUGGUUCGGCAGCACCCUCUACGACCAGGUGCACCCCGACGACGUGGAGAAGCUGCGGGAACAGCUCUCCACCUCGGAGAACGCGCUGAGUGGCCGGAUCCUGGAUCUGAAGACGGGGACGGUCAAGAAGGAGGGUCAGCAGUCCAUGAGGAUGUGCAUGGGGUCCCGCAGGUCCUUCAUCUGUCGGAUGAGGUGUGGGAACGCAACCGUCGACCCCGUCUCCAUGAACCGGCUCAGCUACAUGAGGAAUCGGUGCAGGAAUGGGCUGGGUGCCAUCAAAGAGGGAGAACCCCACUUCGUGGUCGUCCACUGCACGGGCUACAUCAAAGCUUGGCCACCGGCAGGAGUUUCCCUGCCUGACGACGAUCCGGAUUCUGGGCAGGGCAGCAAAUUCUGCCUGGUGGCCAUCGGCAGGUUGCAGGUCACCAGCUCCCCCAGCUGCGCGGACAUGAACACGGUAUGUCAGCCCACCGAGUUCAUCUCCCGCCACAACACGGACGGGCUGUUCACCUUCGUGGACCACCGCUGCAUGGCCACAGUGGGCUACAAGCCCCAGGAACUCCUGGGGAAGGACGUGGUCGAGUUCUGCCAUCCCGAAGACCAGCAGCUGUUAAGGGACAGCUUCCAGCAGGUGGUGAAGUUAAAGGGCCAGGUGCUGUCCGUCAUGUUCCGUUUCCGAUCCAAGAAUCGCGAAUGGCUCUGGAUGCGGACUAGCUCCUUCACUUUCCAGAACCCCUACUCCGACGAGAUCGAGUACAUCAUCUGCACCAACACCAACGUGAAGUACGUACUCGGGGCGCCUCCCCCGGCCCCCGCGCCCACCUUCCCCCUUGAGGAGGAGGAGGAGGAGGAGGAGGGCUUUGAGC